CUCAUUAAAGGUGGAGAACCACUGCUUUACAGCUUAGAACACUCACUUACUAGCUAUGACGAAAUGUCUAAUUGUUUAUUUCCUCAGGCUGUAAGAAUUUGGCCCGGAGUCAAGCAGGUCUUGCAGCAUAGCAGGAAACGACACUGGAUUGACGGGACUGAGAGCCUCGUGUUUUCAUAGCGCCGAAACUCCACGAGUAGGCUGUUUGUUUGGGGCGUUGAAGAAAACACGUGGGAGAAAUAUACAUAUAUAUAGAGGAGUUCGAGGACAUGGAGCGGCGCUUUUAAACUGUCCGUUAUGGAGGUGGCAAACGAAGAGGCAGCCUGUAAAGUCUACGCAGUUUUAAUGGAGCCCGAGCCCGAGACCGUGAGCCGUUUGAGGACAAAGUACUACUCACUGCGGCGACAGGUGUGUUUAAUCCAGUCCAUCAGCGUGCUCCUCUGCUUCAGCUGCUGCCUGUUCACGCUCCUGUAUCACGCGUUCCCGCCGACCUGCACUGAAAACGGAACUAAGGAGGCAUCUAAAUUUGAAAUGCAGCAUCAAGAUUUUGAAUCGCAUAGCAGAGAAGAAAUUACCCCGACACAAAGAGACGCAUCUUUCAUUCGCCUGACAGUUAAAAACGAUGUCCGUUUCACUAAAGACGGAUUUGUGCCGUGGAUGGAUACACCAGAGUAUUCGUCACCAACCCAUACCAGAUACUUAAUCUUGGAUGACGAUAAUGAAUCUCUGAAAGUCCUUCAUGACGGAACAUACAAGGUUUCUCUGCAGAUUACAUACAGAAAAUUCAGCGAUAAGCCAGAAAGAGAUGAAAUAUUUCUGCAACAUGAUAUUCAUCAUUAUACUGACGGAUAUCCUGAACACCUGCCCCUGCUCACCCACUGUGAAACAGUGAACAUUACACACUGGAGGAAAAGUCUGUUUUCUGAAGGUAUUUUUUAUCUCAAAUCUGGGGACAGACUCAAGGUGUGGUCCAAGAAUCUGAACCUCAUUGAUGUUGGAGAUAAAUUUGUGCAAAAAACACUCUUUGUGGUGUAUCCACAUUUUACCCCGUGAGGAUACGGCGAAUACAAAAAACAAAAAGACAAUUUCUUCUGUAGCUUUGAAUAAGGAUCAAAAGGGCUGCCAUGAAGUAUCAUAUUCAUCUGUCUGGGAUGACCCUGUCAUCUUCUCCUUUUGUUAGCAGAAUAAUUUGGAUCUCAGAUAUAUUUAUGCUAUAAUCAGUAGCAUAGCCAUGUACAGAUGAAAGCCCUUACCAAAAAAUACUGUGGUACAUUAAUGGUGUCACAUGGUAAUACUAGAGUACUUUGAUAUAAACUAUGGUAGUGAAAUUAAUUCCCUCUAGUGUCGUUUUCAAGAAUAUUGUGGUGCUUCCAUGGUAUGUGUUAAACAACUUGCUAAUAUCAUAGUAUUUUUUUUGUUGGUAUUUUCUUUUGUAAGAGAAGACUUUUCUGCUUCACAGCUGGGGACAAAACAGGCAUUGGCUUGGGUUUUAAAAGCUACAUUUUUUAAGCACUAUAACUGGAAAAAUUUUAAUUUUGUAAUGAAGUUUUAUUUUUGUUUCAUUUUGAUUGAAUUUGGUAAAAAAAAAACAUGCCGUUGUAAACCUAUAUGCUUGUGUAUGUAAUAAUUGAUUAAGGAUUUGGGCUGUUAAUGCAAAAUUUACAGGUUCAGUAACAUUACGGAGUGAAGAGAAUGAUCAAUACCUUGUAUUGAGGUGUGUCAUGGGUGCUGUCAUUGGAAUUAGUAAGCUAUAAGUUACUUUGUAUUAAAAGGGUUUGCAAUCACCAAAUAUGACCUUCGUAAUGAUUUGCAUGAAAGAUCAUUUUAUGUAUUUGUAUACAUCUUCAUAAUUACAUUAUUUUGUUGACCACGAAGAAUCAAUAAACACUAUUACAUUAAGCUGUAUCCAAAUCACACCAACUGAUUUUCAUGCA